AUGGUUAAACGAAGAAACAACCUCAACGUUGACCUGGAAGACUCGCAGCUGGGCCAGCUCAAAGGCAAGCGAGACCAGGUGAUCGCCGCGACCAAGACGCUGGAGCUGGCGGCGCAGAACGCGUCGUGGGCCAUCCGGGACUUCCACGCCGAAUUUGCCACUAUCAUCGGCAAGCUGCAGAACCUCAGUGACGAGCAGAUCGAGGCGCUCAAGGAGCUGAGUCUCGAGGCACUGCCCGAAAAGGGCGCGUUUCUGGGCACCAACAACUCGCUGUUUGGCGGGCGCGCGGUCGAGGAGGAGCUCACGCCCACCGGCCGAAAGAAGCGCAAGCGAGAGGUCGACCCUCUCAUGCCCAAGAAGCCCAUGACUGUGUUCCUGGCGUUCUCUACCCAGCAGCGGGCCGUCAUCCGGGCCGAGCGAGAGAAGCAGGGCCUGCCCCCGCUCAUCAAUGUCGACAUGGCCAACGAGGUGGCGCGUCUGUGGUCGCUGCUGCCCGAGGAGGCCAAGGAGCCUUACAAGGUCAAGUACCAGGAGAAGCUGGCUGAGUACCAUCUGCGCAAGGAGCAGUACAUGGCCUCCAAGAACCCUGCUGCGGCUGCUGAGCUGGUUGCCGCCGCCGCCGUUGCCGAAGUGGCCGACGAGGAGUUUGCCGACGCCGUCGAGGACGUUGAGGAUGUCGAGGAUGUCGAGGAGGGCGUCGAGCCCGAGGUCAAGGAGGAGGUCAAGAAGAAGGACAAGAAGGACAAGAAGGAUAAGAAGGACAAGAAGGCCAAGAAGGAGAAGAAGCGAAAGGAGUAG